GUCUGACAGACGCAAGCUUCAUUGGUUAGGCUUGGUUACGCCUGUUUCGCGACAAAUCUCACGUCGCUCUCCAGAUAUUACAUUGUAUUUCUUCGCAACUGUAUUAAACAAGCGCUUCUGAAACUUCGACGGAAUCUUUUACGCAAAAUAAAGGGAAAUAUCAGUCAGGUAAUAAUAUAUGAUAUUUAUCUUGAGUGCUAGGCUAUAUAAUUAUGUUAUCAGUCUAAUAUAACAUCGUCUGUUCAGUCUAGCAUCGAUACGGCUCGAUUUUGUUGCAAUUAUUUCAUAUACCACACAUCACAAGGGAAGUUAUUGCUUAUUUAAUGUCACAGUAUUUGUUAUACUGGUGAUAAAUUGGAGUUAUUCUGAGACUGUUGGGUUUUAUGUGAAAUAUGAUAUAGCUAAAAAUACAAUGUUUUAUAUAGUAGAUUUCGAGGUAAAUUUCAUAGAGAGGAUCGGUUGUAGAGCUCUGUUGUGUCAAAUGUAUAAACUUUCGGCGAUUUUUGACGCGCUACUGUGGCUUACAAUAGUGGAUUAUACCGAAUGAAAAUAGAUUUGUCAUUAUAUAUAUUAUGGCAAGGUAGCAUUCAUUAUUUACUCGCGCGAAUCAUAAGAAUAUAAAGCGCUGAAUUUAAUGCGGACAUCAGGUCGAAUCAGUCAGAUUUGAGCCUUUGAAUGUGCGAUCCUGGUUGACGCAGAAUUUAGAACGGAACAAAAAAUACAAUUUGGCUAAACCAUGUAUGAAUGAUUUAAAUAUUAGCGCUAUUAAAUAAGGAUCGAGUUUGUGGCUUUUAUAAUAACACAAGCAAUAACAAAGAUUUAACGAAAAGAUUCAACAAAACUUAACGAGAAUGAAUAUGAUUUCUAAGUUAUCAUUUUUUUGUGACAGGUUCCAUAGAAAAUGUACUCUAUUUUUUUGUGUUAUAAUCAACGAAAAACAGAACGCUGUGUCGGCCACCCAUGGCCAAAUAUAGUAUUAUUUGGCCGACAUCGGAAGAUAGCUAAAUAAAUAUUUAGGAAUUAGCAAUGCCGUGAUAAUCCUGCUGUUAUCGUAAUCACAGAAUGCUGAGCGUCCGUAAUGAGGACUUUCUUUACAAAAUGCAGUUUCAUGCACAUUUCGAUGCUAGUUUUAAGCAUUCCUUUGCGGCAAUGCGUUCUUGUUUUAAACCUGUUUGCCACAAAGCGAAUAUUCGAGAAACAUGAACGUUUAUUGCGAUGUUUAUUGUUCUGCAUCAAUGCGGUCAACACUGUGGUUUUACAGGAUUUGACAUUUGACCUGGAUUAUUAAAAUGUCAGCGCACGCCCUGAUGAUCGAAGAAAAAUAUUCGCUCUCUUUUAUGGCAACGUAUUCCAUAUUUGAAGCGUUUGUAAUUACCGACAGUCCGUGAUGUGAUGUUGUAAGGUUAAGGCUAAAUUUACACUGCAUAGCUUUCCGUAGCGACGUGAAAAAAACAUCUAUCCGUACCUUUUAGGAACGCAAUUUUCAGAGGAAUUAUUGCAACGGAGAGAUGUUGUUUCGCUCAGUUUCUGAAAGUUGUACAUUCCGUAUCAGAUAGUUGCUUUUUCGCGCCGCUACGGAAACCUAUCUGGUAUAGGGUAGACGUAGCCUUAGUGUUCUCUUCGAGUUCAUGAAAGGAGUUCGUUGCUGGAACUGUAAAAAGUUUUUAAUCUUUGAUGUUGCUCGGGUCCUGGAAUUUUUUUUUUCUUCAAAUGCUCGUCAAAAGUGCGCAAAGACAAUGAAAAUUUGAAAAUCGUACUUUACACCAAAUUUGAACACUGAAUUUCACGACUUCAAAUGCGGGGUUGCCAAUAGAAUUUAAGGUAGGAUGCUUUUGAAAAGAGUGGGUGGCUUAAUGUAUGUGGUGUUGAAGUUACCACGCGCCGAACGUGUGUGCACAUUAUCAUGGGUAGAAAUGGACCUAUUCCCUAAUGAACAAAAUUUUGAUCUCAACAAGUCUAGACAAAAAUUUUAUCACGGCUUGAAAGAGCAUCACAAAAUUAGUAAUAUUCCGAAGUUUCGUUGCGAAAUGUUGUAAACUGCGGAUAAUAUAUAGCCCUGCGAAGUUUGCCGUUUUUCAGUCAUUUUGUAUUACGCACGGGAAAUACAAAAUGACUGAAAAACGGCAAACUUCGCAGGGCUAUAUAUUAUCCGCAUUUUACAACAUUUUGCAACGAAACUUCGGAAUAUUACUAAUUUUGCGAUGCUCUUUCAAGCUGUGAUGAAAUGUUUGUCUAGACUUGUCUAGAUCAAAAUUUUGUUCAUUAGGGAAUAGGUCCAUUUAAUAGAAAAGAAGUCAAUGAAGUGUGGAGCCUUGGAAAAUGUAGGAUCUUUAUGAAACUAAAUUUCAAGUCAUAUCACGAAGCUAUACCGAAAUGGAUUUUGAAGCAAUACGAAGUGCCUUUAAUGCAUAGAUAUCUAUGCUUUAAUGCUGAUUUCAGCUUAAUGUAUGAUGAUAUAAAUUUUCGCAAAAAUACAGCUCACAUUUCGUUACACUGCCCAAACAUUUGACGACAAGUAUCGUUUAAAAUUUGUGUUUUAAAAGCGCUUGACAUUUCUAUCAUUCUGUGGUAUGGAGGAAAUAGUUUGGGUUAUGAUUUCGAGAAAUAACCGGCGAUUGUCUGUGCUAUAGGCGGCGAUAUUCAUCGGUUUACCGGCCUCUAUUUAAAGAAGGAGCGUGGGUUCGCAGACUAGCUUGUAUUGGGAAUCCUGCAAAUGACAGAUAAGGAAGUAUGAUAUAAUGAUUCCUUAAAAGUCCGUUUAUAUACUUGCCAUUUCUGCUGCGAUUUCUACUUGCCAUUUCUGCUGCGAUAGUAAAGUAUAGUCUGCGACUAUACUUUACUAUUUUACCGUCCGCUCAAUGGGUUAAUCAGACUAUAUCUGCCCAUGCCAUGUGUCAAGUUAACCCAUUGAGCUGCAUAUUGCGCGCUAGUGCGCCCCACUUUACUAAUAGAUCUACUCUGUCUAACGCCAGACAAUUUUACUCAUCAAGUGGCGAGCGCUGUAGGCACUCAAUGGGCAAGAUUCUUUCAUGUGUAAAAAAUUGAAAGAGUAUCUCAAUCUUCUUGAUGAGGCAACUGUUCCUCCGGAUCCAGGAGCCCAAGAUCUCCUCUGUAGCCGUGGUUUGUUUUCUGCGAAUGCCAUCUUCUGAUUAUAAUUUCACCUCAGCCCCAUGUGAGAAUGGAGUGCUUCCAGAUUGACUCCACCAGACACCGCAAGUUUUUAUCCAGAUACUUUUCUUCUGUCAAAGCCUGUCAAGAUGCGAUGAUCUGGAAGCCCGGCAAACUUCAAAGCCACAAAAUACAGUCGAAUCCCUAUUAAGCGGACACCUUCGGGACCUCGCCUAAGUGUCCGCUUAAAAGGGGUAUCCGUUUAAAAGGGGUAUGUAGAAAAACACAGCAGGAGGCAAAGGGGUGUAAUUAGGUGUGUAAUUAGAGUAUCAAAACUGUAAAAAUAUCUAGCAAAUAACUAGCAUAAAAUGAAAAUUUCUUUGUGCAUAAAAGUUUAUUAGAAAAUGUAUACGUCUUUCACAGUCAUAUAAAAAGGAAUCAAUACAAGUUUGCUGCCGAGGCUCACGCAGACGAUAGCCCAUUACAAUGCCAUUUACAUAAAAAUGGCGUUGGAAAGUUCUUCCAAACAUCGAAAUUGUGCGAAUUCUCCAAGUUGGUGUGUCACUGUCAAUGUGCCAUGUAAAUUGAUCUCAAUUGUUAUUUACUGUCGACAGGGCCGUCCUCAGGAAAUUCUUCAGGGGGGGUUUAAUAAGGUCAAUUCAACCGACUGGUUGAAAAAAAUUUUUUCCGGAUCAAAAAUUUUUUGUCGACCUCCCCCCCCGUCGCCAAAAAAAUUUCGGUCAGUGUACCAUUUUAGGGGUCAAAAAAUUUUUCCGGACGUAAAAAAAAUUUCCGGAACAUUCAAAAAUUUUCCGCACAUAACAAAUUUCGAACAUUUUUUACAUUUUUCCAAAAUUUUUACAUUUUUCCUCAUAAUUUUCCUAAAAUUCCCACCACGUUCUUGCCCUUUGCGCGAAAAAUAUUUAACCCAAAUAGCAGUUCUACCGACUGAAUAGCAAUCCUACUGACUGAAUAGCACUCCUGCCGACUGAAUACAAUUACUGGGGGGUGUCACACCCCCCCCCCCCACACCCCCCCGUAGCUCCGGGCCUGACUGUCGAAUAUUGAAUACAUUUUAUCAGACAAUCUGUCAUCUGUCCGCUUAAGAGAGGUUGGUUUGCCCAUUGGGUCUUCAAGUAAGGUGUCCGCGUCCGUUAAAGAGGGGUGUCCGCUUAAUAGGGGUUAUGAUAAUAGUAUUUUAUUAAAGAAAACGAAUGGGACCUGAGAUAUGUGUCCGCUUAAUAGAGGUGUCCGCUUAAGAGAGGUGUCCGCUUACCAGAUGAUCUUGAUACGCGGAAAAGUACUGGCACUAGUUGUCAAAUAGAAAUCCAUUUUAUGACUAAAACAACUGAAUAUCUCCUGUAAUAUACUUUAUUUCGAUUCCAUAUUUUUGUCAGAGCUAUAGUUCUCAUAACCAAACAUAAUUACAAAAUUUCAACUAGUUUCAUGAAGAAUAACGAAAGAUAUAAUUGACUGAAUACAUCAAAAUGGAUUUCUAUUCGGACAACCCUUUCUGAGCGUUGAUUGGCUAAAAUACGAACACGAGAUCACCUAGUAUAGGGGUUCGACUGUAGAAGAGCUUUGUUUGAUGUUGAACUGUACGUCAUCGUGCACAAAUCCUUUGUCUCAACUUCAUUGAAUUUUAUUCAAUGUGGUUGCACGUUUUAUCUCAGCUAUCCCUAUUGGACGGUUAUCUCAUAAUAUGAAAAUACAAUGAGCUCAAUCAUCGUGCACAAAUUAACAUAAGCUCGGACAAAAACAAAGCGCAAUGACUUCAGUUUCCAGAUCAUCAUAUCUUGAUAGACUCCUGUUGUAACAUUUUAUCGGACGACCCGACUGAGUACUGGACCUCUAGGGAGAACAAUUUAGAACUGAUAGAGCUAUCCAGUAUAAAUAAAGUUAGUUUAGGUUAGGUUUCCUGAGUCCUGUAGUAGCACUGGAUCAAUAAGAGAUGAUCGUUACUGGCCUCUAGGGAGAACAGUUUAGAACUGAUAGAGCUAUCCAGUAUAAAUAAAGUUAGUUUAGUUUAGGUUUCCUCCUGUAGUUACACUGGAUCAAUAAGAGAUGAUCCUUACUGGACCUCCAGGAAAAACAGUUUAGAAUUGAUAGAGCUAUCCAGUAUAAAUAAAGUUAGUUUAGUUUAGGUUUCCUCCUGUAGUAACACUGGAUCAAUAAGAGAUGGUCCUUACUGGAUCUCUAGGAAGAACAGUUUAGAACUGAUAGAGCUAUCCAGUAUAAAUAAAGUUAGUUUAGUUUACGUUUCCUCCUGUAGUAACACUGGAUCAAUAAGAGAUGAUUCUUACUGGACAUCUAGGAAGAACAGUUUAGAACUGAUAAAGCUAUCCAGUAUAAAUAAAGUUAGUUUAGUUUACGUUUCCUCCUGUAGUAACACUGGAUCAAUAAGAGAUGGUCCUUACUGGAUCUCUAGGAAGAACAGUUUAGAACUGAUAGGACUAUUCAGUAUAAAUAAAGUUAGUGUAGUAACACUGGAUCAAUAAGAGAUGGCAAUACUAGGAGUUACUCUCGCGAGGAAAGUGCUGCCAUGUUGCUAAAAACAUCUACAAAAUAUCUCGAGCUUAUUAAAAGCGUGCAGCAAUUGACGUUGCAGAGAAAUGCUGUCAUUAACGCGCGGCGUUGAAUGAAAUUUCGGGAAUUAUCACACCUUUCAUUUAAACAUGGAAUUAUUACAUUCAACGUUUCCGUUUAUGUCUUGUAUGCACAUAUAUAGUGUAGGCUGUUGAUGUCGAAGUAUUUUAGUGAUUUUUAAUGAUAUUUUGACGAAAUUGAGAACGCGUGCUCUAAGUCAUACCUCGCCUCUCUUCGUAGUCGAACAGUUGAAAAAAGACACUGGCUACUGUAUGUCAUCAAAACUCCACUGAAAAUUUCUGAUAGUGGCCAGCAACGCUAUAUUUUAUCACCGAAUUCCAGAAUAUUCGUAUUCAAAUUAAAAGACAGCAGCAUAAACAUCUCAAACUGUUAAAGGCCUAGUGCUGACAUUUUAAACAUCAUCAGAUGACUUAAUUUCCUGCGUGCUUUUUAUCGACUUUUAACCAUGAACGCAUUUAAUGCAAUGUUUACAUGUUGCAACGUGACGCUAAUCUAACGGAUCACUCUACACAAAGGACGAACUCUAUGCUCUUCAGAGGCAGUAAUUUAUUGUUCUCGACUAUUUUUGGCAAGUGCAAAGAGCCCGGCUAUAUUGGACGUUUGAUUUCAGUAGGACCACUUGGCUUGGCCUUGCAUGCUCACAUAGACAGCCUCUAAUCAUUUAGAAUAAUGGUUGCAAUUGAAUCAUAUCUAUACAUGUAGCAAAGACUACAAGCUUUAAAUAUAUGCACAUCAAGGUAUUUAAGUAUUUAACUGCAUGUAUCAUUAUUUGUGUUACACUUAUAGAAAUGUCGUUAAAUACUUUAUUAUAGGAAACUAACGAUGUACUAAAUUUCCACGACAUAAAUUAGCCGACAUGUUAAUUAACGCAGAUUUCUUUAAUAACCUCAAAUUUAAUUUAAUUAAUAACGGAUUUUUUAACGUUUUCUAAAUUAAUUAACAAGAAUUUUUAAAAUCCGUAAUUUUUGUACUGGCAUAUUCUGUCUUCUGUGUAAAGCAAAAUAAAGAAAGGUACUAACUUAAAAACUUCUUUGAGCAACUUUUUUGCAUAUUCGAAUGUGAUUGAACAGUUGAAUUCAGUUGAAUACUUUGAUAAAACUUUAUAAGCAUGGAUAAGCAUUGAAUCCAGCACAAAUAUAGUCAGCUUGAGCAUAAAAGUAUGUGGUUUUGUAUGUACAACGUAAUCUUUGUCUUGUGAUGUUUUGGUUGUACUUAAUAAGGGUCUAUUUAAAACCAGCCAUGUAGACAGUGAAGAUUUAAAUCUGAAAAACAAAAUCUGCAUAUUUUGCGAUAAGUAUGGCGAAGUUAUCAUUACCGGCUGUGCGCAUUUAUGAUAAAAUAACACGAUUUGUCAACACUGAGCAGCAAAACAUCAGAUUGUAUUUACAAAACAACCAAGAAAGCUUAUUAAAUCAAAAGAAUUUGUAAAGCCAUACGCAUUAGUAUACUGCCUGUCGUGAGAUAGGAGCGAAUAAGGGAUCAAGUUCAGUUUACGCUUAAAGGUAUAUAUUGUUAGAGUAUUGUUAGUAAUUUAAAUGAGUGUUUCUUGGGGAAAAGUGAAUAAACCAGGUAGCAUUGUUUCCUAGCCAUGUUUCCUGAAGGUGAAUAAGCCAGAAAACAUUGUUUCGUAGCCAUGUUUCCCAAAGGUGGACAAACCAGGAAACGUUGUUUCCUAGCCAUGUUUCCCAAAGGUGGACAAACCAGGAAACAUUGUUUCCUAGCCAUGUUUCCCAAAGGUGGACAAACCAGGAAACAUUGUUUCCUAGCCAUGUUUCCCAAAGGUAGACAAACCAGGAAACAUUGUUUCCUAGCCUGGGUGGGCGAAACAAACACCAUUUGUUAGAACCAUUUGCUUGUAAAAUAAAUAACUUCAGGGUAGAUUGCUCAAUAACAACGAAGGUUUGUCGCGGCAUGUCCAGGCAAUACAUGAUGAACGUUUAAAAAUAAGCAAACAAUGUUUGGAGAUCAUUAUCACACCUAAUUACCCUUUAUUACGGUUGAACUGCGAAAAAUAUGUGAAGCUAUUUUUUUCAAGUCACAUGGGAAAAGACAUUUGCAACACGUCGCGAUACGAUGUGCAGAGAUUUCGGAGUUUAUUUUAUUUAUUUCAACAGACUUUAAAAUUUCAUCUCAGUGUAAAUAUUCUCGCUUCAAAAUUGUCUCAUAGUAUUGAUGAUUCCAUCUAUGGACUAAAUUUUGAUCUAGGCAAACACAGCUAGAAAGAGCACGUUAAAAUUAGUAAAGUAGCAAAGUUUGGCCGUGAAAUGUUGUAAAAUGCGGAAAAUAUAGCCCUGCGAAAUUUGCAAAUUUUGUAUUAAUUUGUAUUACGCAUGGGAAUUUGCACCACUUUCGGCCCAAAUGUGGUCAAUUUUCCCGCGCGUAAUACAAAUUAAUACAAAAUUUGCUAAUUUUGCAAGGCUAUAUUUUCCUCAUUUUACAACAUUUCGCAACCAAACCUUGCAAUCUUACUAAUUUUAACAUGCUCUUUCUAGCUGUGGUGAUGGAUUUUGUUCUUCUUGCCUAGAUCAAAAUUUAGUCUAGAUUUGUAUCAGGGGUAAGGGUCGGCCAGUAUGAAAUUUCAAUCCCUCUAUUAUUAUAUUUUUCAGGUGAAUAAUGUCGGGUCAUUACGUUGGUCAACAAUGCGAGUGCCAAUUCGAGUUUCCAGGGUUAUCUGACGUCAGCAAACUCCGCGUGACGCUCAAGAGGCCUGGAUCCAACACCGAGGAAUCCCUUGAGGUCACCAAAGGUCCCGGUCAAUCCAUCUUGAUCGCGUUUAUCCCCGAGGUUCCCGGAGAACAUCAACUGAGCAUGUUGGUCUCGGGUCGUCAUGUCAGCGGUAGUCCGUUCCAAAUCCCCGUGGACGAAAGCCCGGCGGCCACUGCCACAGGGAACCCAAUGUCGUUAGCGUUAGAAUUACCUGGCGUCAAUCUCCCAACGGAUUUUGAGCAUCUUACGGCGAAGCUGCAAAGGCCAGGUAAAAUCCGGCGCUUUGGCGAUAUUUCAGAACAGUUGAGAGACUAUCGUGUUUAAAUAAUUGUAAAAAAGCCCUCGAUAAUUCAUGAGGAAAACACAAAGAAAAAUCAUAAGCGUGUCGUAUCUUUAUAUGUGAUAGAGAUUACCCUUGAUUUACAUAAACUUCAACUUUGAUUAUCUCGAUUUACACAACGUAAUUUUUGAAAAUUACUCCGCCAAAGAACUUACUAGAUCGAUCGUUUUUGAAGUAAUUUAAAACAUUCGCAGUGCGUGUUUUAUCAGACCUAAAGAUAUUCGACUUCGCCUCGUAUCUUUAUAUCUGAUAAAACACUGCUGCUCGUGUUUUAAAUACUACGUAAAAAAAUAAAUCAAUAAAUGCUAUUACUUAUUAUGACAGGUGAGAAGACAGCGAAAGAUGACUUGAAACUUGAACUGUUGCCAGACAACACGGUGUCCUUGACGUUUAUUCCCUUGGUUUCUGGAGAACAUCUGGUUUAUAUUUAUAAGAAAGGCAGAGAGGUAUCAGGGAGCCCUUUUGCCGUACGAGCGGAAGGCCCCACCCCUCCAGAUCCGUCUAAGGUUAAAGUGUUUGGAGAUGGUAAGUGAUAUCUUCUUCAGGUAGUUCAGACACAAACCACGACAGCUUAUUGUAUAAUACUACCUACACUGGACCACCACGUUUGAGAUAUCUUCUUCAGGUAGUUCAGACACAAACCACGACAGCUUAUUGUAGAAUACUACCUACACUGGACCACCACGUUUGAGAUAUCUUCUUCAGGUAGUUCAGACACAAACCACGACAGCUUAUUGUAGAAUACUACCUACACUGGACCACCACGUUUGAGAUAUCUUCUUCAGGUAGUUCAGAUACAAACCACGGCAGCUUAUUGUAUAAUACUACCUACACUGGACCACCACGUUUGAGAUAUCUUCUUCAGGUAGUUCAGACACAAACCACGACAGUUUAUUGUAGAAUACUACCUACACUGGACCACCACGUUUGAGAUAUCUUUUUCAGGUAGUUCAGACACAAACCACGGCAGCUUAUUGUAGAAUACUACCUACACUGGACCACCACGUUUGAGAUAUCUUUUUCAGGUAGUUCAGACACAAACCACGGCAGCUUAUUGUAGAAUACUACCUACACUGGACCACCACGUUUGAGAUAUCUUUUUCAGGUAGUUCAGACACAAACCACGACAGCUUAUUGUAGAAUACUACCUACACUGGUCCACCAUGCUUGAGAUAUCUUUUUCAGUCACAAACCAAGGCGAGUGUUUGUAAACUAUUCCUCAAUUUCAUGAAUUUAUUUCAGGCUGCAGACGGGGUAUUUCAGGACAGUUGAGUAAGUUCACGAUUGACGCCCGCGAUGCUGGUGACGGUGGUCUGGGGUUCUCCGUGGAAGGGCCAAGCAAGGCCGAACUUAACUGUAUUUCGAAGGAAGACGGGACAUGCCAGGUGGAGUUCCUACCAAAGACUCCUGGAGUAUAUACCAUCCAUAUAAAGUACGCAGAUCAACAUGUACCGGGCAGUCCAUUUACCUGCGUAGUCGCUGGCGAAGACGGAACCCUGCCUGAGGAGGUUUGUAGCGGUGCUUUUUUUAAGGAUUCUCCAGUGGUGGGGCGAAACUGCCAAAGGGCCAAUUUUCCUUGCCCUCUAGCCAGGAUAGUAUGCGAAUGCCGAAGGUGUGAGCCGAGUACCGCUGGCACGAGUUAGCUAGGGGGUCUGGGGGCAUGCCCCCAAGAAAAUUUUUAAAAUUUGGGUCUCUCAAAUAGCAUCAUUCUGGGGCCGGUUGUAUAAAACUCUUAAUCACUUAAUAAAUAGUGAUUAACUCUCAAAUAGGUGCUUCUUAUUGGAUGACGUUUCCACUUAACUAUGAUUAACUUUAAUCACUUUUUUAUACAACCGGCCCCUGAGAAUACAUUUUAAAAGAAUCUCAGCUUCUCAAAACAAAGUUUUAAUGGUGAUAUUUGUAAUAAAUUGCAUGCUAAACAUUCAAGCACAACAUCAGUUUAAGUAUGCUCACCAGCUAAUUUCGUUUUUUAAACUUCUUUUCAAUGUUAAACUCAUUUACUCAAUACAGGUUCUAGGGCCCUGGCUUGUGCUGGGGCAGAGGAAGGGACAGAGUGAGGCAAAUGCCCCACCAGUCCAUGGCUGUAGUAAGAUUUACACACGUAAACAGAGCUUGGAAUCAGCUUAUCAACAAGAUGUGUUCGCACUGGUUGUUCCCAGUUGUUGACAAGUCUGGAACAAGCUGUUAUUAUCUUGUAACAAGAUUGAUGAGGCCAACAGACUCGCAACAAGUUGUUCCAACAAGUCUGAUAUCGUCUGCACGUAACAAGUUGAUGACUACAAGCUCCCCACCGGGUACACGACGUUGUUUCAACGUUGAAAUGUGGUAGAAAAAAGAUUGUGACGUCGACAACCUAAUAUCUACGUUGCUCUGACGUUGUUUUACAAACAUUGGUUCAACAGCAGCCAACAGACGUUGAAUUAACGUUUAUUCAUCGUUAAAUGUACGACGUCGAUUUGUGAACCAAUCUCAACGUUGUUUUAACGUGGAUUCAACGUUGAAUUAUGGUUGACGAGAUUGGCAACCUAAUUUCAACGUUGUUUCAACGUUGAAACAGUAACGUCGAUCCAAUUUGCAUAGUCAACCCUUUUUCAACGUCUAUCCAACGUCUGGAAGGUCAUUUCCAACGUUGAUUCAACGUUGGAUGAACGUCAUUUUGCCCGCUGGGUCGUAGCAACUUGUUACGAACAGCCUGUAUUAGUCUUGUUGGAACAACUGGUAGCAAGUCUGUUAUCAUCAUCAACCUUGUAACAAGGUGAUAACAACUUGGAAAUCAAUCUGUUGUUCGUUAAUCUCCAAGGAUACAUUUUAUCAAAUUCACAGGCUUAUGAAACAAUUGUCUUCGAGUAGAAAAUAGAAAAUUUUCAACUUUUAACAAUGAUAUUUUCGGAACAUUUUAUGUCCGUGGAACUUUUUCUUGAGUGGACAUGGGCCGAAAACGCACAAGUUUUAACAAACCUGCAACAGACUUGUAGCAAUGCUGUUCCAACAACUUGUCAACAGGAUGUGUUCGCACUGCUUGUUCCCAGCUUGUUGAUAAGUUGUCAACGGCUUGUUGACAACUUACUACAAGGUUAUUGAGCUUAACAGAUUUGUUACAAGUUGUUCCAACAACUUGUUAUCGUCCUGCAAUUCAACAAUUUGUCAACAAGUUGUGAGUGACAACCUUGUAGCAACUUGAUAAAAUUACAGCAUUGUUACAACUUGUUGACAAGCAUGAUACAAGCCUGUUGCGAACACAUCUUGUUGACAAAUUGUGAGAUUUUUUACAUGUGUUCUAGGCGCGGUACAUUUUGCCAUUAAACAUAAUUCAUUGUAUCAUUCCAGAUUCCGCCACCGCGUGUGAGAACCGCUCCGGCGGACAUCAGCCGUCGUGAGUUUGUCGUAGAGAGCGCGUUCCCAGUCUCCCGGCAUAAUCCACCCCCGGCACAACGACCCCAUGGCCUAGAAGUGGACCUCACGGGCUACGACAUCAGCAAGUUGAGUGCGAACGUCGAAACACCGACGGGAAAAGUCGAAAAAGCGGAAAUCGUUGCAACGACACGCGACAAGUACACGAUCACGUUUAUAACACGAAACGGGGGCACGCAUAAGGUUAACGUGUUGUAUAACCGUAAACAUAUUCCGGGAAGUCCAUUCUUGGUCGAUGUGGAUACCGCGAACUGGCAGUUGACAAGCAAGGCUAAGGUCAUGGGACCAAAAGAGGUGACAGGGAAAGUAGGGGUCCCCUGCGAGUAUCUAUUGUCAACGAAGGACUCUGGGGGAGGAAAACUUGGCGUCUCUGUCGAGGGGCCUGUCAAGACCGAGAUUCAUUGCGAGCCCAUCGGACACGACGAGUAUAAAAUUCACUUUACCCCGACGACGCCCGGAAGAUUCGUCGUAUAUUUGCGUUUUAACGAACAGGAUAUAUUCAAAUCUGUAGUGACGGUGCCGGGAGAUGCGUCCAGUGCUGGCGAACCGACGGAGCUCUCGAAUAGGAAUGUCAAAGUCGGCGAGAAAUUCACUCUGGAAGUACCCCACACAGGUACCGCUGACCAGAUGACGUCACACGUUAUAACCCCCGCGGGCGCAAAGAUUCCGGCUCAAGUAAAAAAGAUCGACAACGACACGUAUGGGAUUAUAUUUGUUCCCGAAGAGCCUGGUGAUUAUAUUAUCCAUAUUUUACUGAAGGGCGUGCCGCACUCCGGCAGCCCAUAUAAGCUUACGGUUGGGAGCCAUGAGGUUGAUCCCAGUAAAAUCCGCGUGCAUGGGCCUGGUCUAAAACGUGCAACCGCUGGUCAGGAAACAAGCUUCACUGUGGACGCAAAGGAUGCUGGACCGGGAACGCUGUCCAUAGAUGCCGAAGGCCCGGAGAAGUUGGACGUCCGCUGUGAACAGCAGACUGAAGGCUCGUAUCUUGUCUCCUACACUCCAAAGGUCAGCGGUAAUUAUCAAAUCAAUAUCGGUUUCGGAGGUGCGAAUGUGCCGAACAGUCCAUUCCAAAUCAAAGUCGCCCCAGACCCCAACUCGGGCAACGCGGAGCUGUGCACGUCACGUGGUUCGGGUCUAUACGGCGGAGUACAAGGUCGCCCCAGUCCAUUCACGGUCAACUGUAGCAAGGCUGGUCGUGGGUCACUUCUCGUAGGGGUCGAAGGUCCGACCAUCCCGGUGAACGAGAUUAAUAUUAAGCACGAUGGCGAUAAUAUAUUCCUGGUCGACUAUAGCUUGGAGGAACCCGGGGACUACAUCUUGAAAGUUCUCUGGGGAAACGAACAUAUCCAAGGCUCGCCAUUUCCCGUCAGAGUCGAGGGGGCCGAGGGCAUCCGUGUUGGACGUUAGAGACUGGGACAAAGUCACUGAUCUCAAUAGGACUGAACUUUUUUAUAUUAUGGACGUUAGAGACUGGGGCAAAGAAGCGAAGCUAAGCCUGCACUAUCGAGGAUUUCUGUGGACAGUCGGGGACACUUUUACAGGGUUUGUUAUGAACAUCUAGGGCUAGGCAGACUUGCACGGAUUUUAAAUAGGAUUUUUAAAUAGGAAUUAAUUAGUUUUUGUAAAUUUUAUGCCUAAUAUAUUUGAAUGGAAUGUAAACGUUUGAUUUAAAUGAACAAUUUUAAAAUUAAGACACAAUUUCCUUUGCUUUUUUUGGGCAAAUAAGCAAAUUACACCAAACUAUUAUUGUUUCCUAGCCAUAUUACCUAAAGGUGGGCAAACAAGGAAAUAUUAUUUCCUAGCCAUGUUUCCCAAAGGUGGACAAACCAGGAAACGUUCUAAAGUAUUUGCUAGUUUUCCCAGAAC